UCAGUAACACUUCAUACAGAUCUCGGUGAUCUUAAAAUUGAAGUGUUUUGUGAGGCAGUACCAAAAACUGCCGAGCCCUAUGUGCAAGUGGAUAUUAUGACAACAAUUUAUUUCACAGGAAUGUCAAAGACAGGGGAUCCUCUAGGAACUGGUAAAGGAGGGACUUCAAUUUGGGGAAGAAAAUUUGAAGAUGAAAUUAAAUCUUCAUUAAAGCAUAAUACACGUGGUAUAGUUUCAAUGGCAAAUAGCGGACCUGAUACCAAUGGAUCACAAUUUUUUAUAACGUAUACUAAACUACCUCACUUAGACACAAAGAAUACGGGUUAUUGA